AUGGAAAAGUCGUUGCACCUCAAUCGCGACAAGGCGUUCCACCGCCAGCGCCGCAGGAUCUGGGACAAUGCGAUGAAGGCAUCGCUUUCCGACUACGCGCCCCAAGUCGAGAACUUCACAGACCAGCUACUCACAAGAUUGCGCAAUGAAGAGGGGAGGUCGAUUCCGCUGCUUGUCUAUGCAAGCUACUAUAGCUACGACGUCAUGGCAGCGCUGGCCUUUGGCAAGCCCAUGGGCUUCAUCAAAGGCGAACAAAGCGACGUCGCUGCGAGUAUUCUCGCUACUAUGAUGGGCAGCGUCCAGGCUUUGGGAUACAUGUAUCUGAUGCCGUGGCUAAUGAACACAGUUGGUGUUCUUACCUCAUUUGCCGGACCCAUGAAGGAAUGGCGAGACUGGAGCGUCAGCCAGAUGAAAGCGCGCAUGCAGGUCAGAGAUGCGAAGCCGGACCUAAUCUCUCAUCUCAUCACCUCUACGCCCAAAACACCUGAAGGUCGCGAACUUCUCUACGGCGAAUCACGCCUCAUAAUCUCCGCUGGCAGCGAGACCACGUCCACGGCCCUAACCUUCCUCUUCAUGCAUCUCGCCACACACCCACACUACAUGGCCGCCGUCCGCGCCGAGUUCCUCUCCAACAUCAACACCUACGACUGCCAGCGACCCAUGCCGAUGCUAGAAGCUUGUAUCCAAGAAUCGAUGCGCAUGUGGCCUUCCGUCUUCUUCGGCUCCCAACGCAUCACACCACCACAAGGUAUGGAGAUAAACGGGCACUUCAUCCCAGGAAACAUGAUAGUACAUAUCCCUAUCUUCCCGCUGUUGCGCGACGCGAGAAACUUUGUUGCACCUGAUCAGUUCAUACCUGAGCGCUGGACUACGAAGCCGGAGUUGGUACUGAACAGGCAGGCAUUCAUUCCUUUCUCAACAGGUUCGCAUAGCUGUGCUGGGAAGGCUCUGUCGUUGAUGGAGUUGAGGAGUGUGAUUGGCAGGGUCGUGGCGGAGUUUGAUGUCGUGCUUGAUGAGGGGACGGAUGUGAAUGCUUACUGGGAGGGUAUUCUGGAUCACUUCACUGCGGGUGCGCCGCCGAUGAUGGUCAGGUUUAUGAAGGCGCAGUAA